ACCGACUUCAGAUCUCUUCUGUCCAGUUCGCAAACCUUUCUCUGAGCACCAUCCAUCAUUCUCUUCAAGCAAUCGUCAAAAAGUCACAACCUUGAUCACACAUCUCUCUCUAUCUCUGUUAAAAAUGGCAAACCCACUCAAUAAUCCAAACAACAAGUUCAACCUCUGGGAGUUCCACCAAGGUGACCCAGUACCGCAGGAAGGGAGCUCUGAGCUCAAAGUUCUACGUUUCCUCGUCAAGACAGGCAUGCACGGCGUAUGUGACCGCUUUCUCUGUUCUUCCUUCUGUGCUUUUACUACGUCCUGCCUCACUGCUCUAAGCACUCUGAUUAACUGAUCGCAUACUAACUUAUCGCAGUGGGAGGAGAUCAACCGCUUAUACAAAGAGCUUGAAGCUGGCACCAACCACCGACUUGCCGCCGCAGAUCAACAACUUCAAGAUUCAGAGCGCCAAAACACCAAUAUGACAAAAACUGUUGCUGAUCAGCAGCGCAUGCUUGCCGACCAGCAAUCCAGAAUCAACGAAAUGGAACGCCAGAUCGCGCUCUUGACUAGCCAAAGUCACGAUCAGACAAUUAAAAUUGCUGGCCAGCAGGUUACUAUAGCUGACCAGCAAUCCAAGAUCGCUGACCUUGAGCAACGUCACCGAAGGGAUAAGCGCUCUAUCCAAUCCACGACCGAAAAACUCGGCGCCAUCGAGGCGAAUGAACGGUCAGCGCGACUUGAGGUCACCGAGUUGGAGGUGGAGGUUGAUCGGGUGACGGAACAAACACAACGUUUCAUGGCCUUGAUGGAGCGGGGAGCGAAGGUUGCGGAGGCGAGGGUGGAGCAGGUAAAGGGGCUGUGUCAGGGAGUGUUGGAGUUGAAGGGUGAUGAGAUUGCGAAGAAGGAACGACAAAUUGCGAGCUUGGAGGCUCAAGUUGCGAGACUUGAGCGACGGAAUCAUGAGUUGAAAGGUGAUUCUUCUCGGGGGGGGAAGGAGCAGUUGAAGCGUGGUGGCUUGAAUGCCGAGUCUGCAGCGAAGGUCUCCGAGCGAUCGACGUUCCAAGGUCAAGACACUCCGGUAGAUACGGCACCAGAUGGUUAUGUUCCUCCACCUUGGAAAGUUGAUCGUCCAAAGCCUAUGGAACCUGGCACUGCGGGUACCAAAAGGCAGGCAGAUUUCGGAGAUCAAGCUAGCGGAUUCGAGUAUUUCAAGUUACCACGUAGAAUGUAG